CAGCUGGUGGUUGCUCUUCCGCUCCCACUUCCCCUCACCUCCGUCUCCGUCUCCGCUUCUCUUCUCGUUGUUUCUGCGAUUACGCGCAUCGCUCUUCUCUGUUCGAGUGGGUGCGGCGGCUUCCGAUGCCCUCUAAAUGGGGAAGCCGGAGGAAGUCCUCGUCGAGGUGCCCGAUCUAGUGGACGCCGGCGGCGGGAUACGCUGGGCGUGCCCUACUAGAAGCCUCGUCGUGUUGGCCCUCAGCGUUUGCGUGCUGCUCCCCGUCAUCUUUUGGCUCCCACCCUUCCGCACGCGUCGAUCCGUAUUCGUCCCCGAUGACCCCGACAGCCUUCGUGCUGAAAUCCAGGCAAGCUUCAUUUUGCAAAAACCAAUUUCACAACUUGCUGCUGAUGCUGCAAGAUUGGAGUAUGACAUUUUUGAGGAAAUUGGAAUUCCAAAUACCAAGGUUUCAAUUAUUUCCAUGCAACCAUUGUCUCCAGAAAACUCUACGUAUGUGGUAUUUGGCUUUCUUCAUAACCCCAAAAAUGCUUCAAUAAGUUUACAAGCCCUAAGUAUUUUAAGGUCGACUCUGAUAGAGCUGGUCCUUCAGCAAACUAAUAUAUCUUUGACAUCAUCAAUUUUUGGGCGCCCAUCUGCUUUUGAGCUUUCGAAGUUUCCUGGAGGGAUCACUGUUAUACCAUUGCCAUCGACUUCUAUUUGGGACAGAGCACAAGUCCUAUUUGUCUUCAAAUUAAAUAACACCAUUGAACAGAUUCUGGAGAAUAUUGACCGCCUGAUGAGUGAACUUAAGUUUGGACUGAAUUUGAGGUCUUAUGAGAAUGUAUAUGUGAAGCUGAUGAAUGCAGAUGGUUCCACGGUGGCACCACCAGUUACUGUCGAGGCUUCUGUUUUGUCAGAUGUUGGAAGUGGUACUCUUUUACCAGAUAGAAUGAAACAACUAGCUCAGGUCAUCACAGGGCCUGAUGCAAACAAUCUUGGACUUAACAAUUCUGUUUUUGGAAAAGUAAGGCAAGUGCAGUUGUCAUCAUACCUUAAACCCUCAAUUUUGUCGCUGGCCCCUGGUCCAUCUCCUCCUCCUUCUCCAUCUCCAUCUCCAUCUAAUGAUGUUCUUUACCCUGUACCUCCUGCUUCCUCGAACCCUACUCUCUCUCCUUUUGCUCCUGCUCCAUCAAAUGAUCAACAUCAACAGCCUCCAUGUUUAUAUUGUCAAAUUUCUCCAUCAGAAAGUCCAAUGGCAUAUCCACCUGCCCCCAAAAAUGGCAUUCAGCCGCAUUCUUGGUCUGUGAACGCACCUGAACCUUCACAAAGAAAGAUUGAUCCUUUUCCUAACCAUUAUCCUUGUCCCUCUCUGGCACCAAAUAAUGGUCAAUCAGUCCAUCUUUUACCACCACUUUCUUCCAAUCAUUUGCCAGGUUUGGCCAGUCCUCCAAGUCAUGAAGCAAUGGGGUCAACUCCCAAAGGGAACCCAGAGCACUCACCAUUGUCAUCUGCAGCUAGCUAUGCUCCCAGUCCAGUGCAAGAUGUUGGAAAUGGUGGCAGAUUGUCACCAUCACCUGUGCCAUCACUUAUUCCACUUACUUUGUUAUCAAAAGCUGCAACCUCCAUGCCCUGGGAGAUGAAGCUGACUGGAUUUCUGGGAUUCUUGGUGUUCCAACUUAUAUGCGGGCCAUGAUAGUGGAUAUACAGGAACAUAAAGUGGAUCUUCCAGCAUGUGUUUUACUGCUCAUAUCUGGGUCAUCAACGGUAUCUGGAGUUCAGCUUGCAGCGAAAGCAGUUGUACUGCUUCUGAGGUUUUGUGAGCUGAAGUAGAAAACUCCCUACAAGAGGGGGAUGGAAGGUUUGCGGGGCAUCUGCAAAUCUCAACAAGUGUAAAUAUAAGGUAACCGUCUGAUAACCAUACCAGGUUUAUAGCUGCAAAGGCGGCUGAUCUCUUUUCUUUUCCUUUUAAAUGUAAGUGCUCCCCGAAGGGCUGGGGCACCUAUAUAGGCUGUAGAUGCGAGCAAGUAGCUUUUUUUUCUAACCUUGUCCCCCACUUGACUAAUCCUCAAGUGUUAUGCAAUGAGUAUUAUAUAUAAAUCUAGUGAAUCUGAUAA